GACUGCCAAAACAACCGAAUAGUAAGUAUAAGUUUUGGCGGUUACAUUGUUACUUUGCAUAUACACCCACCAUGUAUAUGUUGACAUUGCAUUUCCGUAUAGGAAGUAUGCUAUAAUAUUUUUUUUUAAUUGUUUGGCUUCUGAAUGACUGAAUGAAACUCAUACCCUUUAAUUUACAAGCCGCUGGCCAUGGAGAAGUCCUUGUUAGUGAGGACGGUCAAUACCUUGUAAAGCCUUGCCUUGAGAGCGAAAUUUACUUUUAUGCAUCUUGUGAUGAAUGUAAUGCACUUCGCAAGUGGAUUCCACGGUUUUAUGGAAAAUGGGAUAUUGAACACGCAAAACAGCUACAACUUUGGGUGGAUGGUUUAGAAAAUGAUACGAAUCUUUCGAUGCGCAGUAGCGCGUUUAUACUUGAAAACAUUAUACAUGAUAUGAAGCGUCCUUGUGUAAUGGAUAUUAAACUUGGCAGACAACUUUGGGCAUUGGACGCCUCUCCUGAGAAACGCGCUAGACUCGACGUGGUUUCGCAAUUGACAACUAGUGGAAGUCUUGGAUUUCGCAUUACUGGAAUCCUGGUAGCGGAUAAAGCAUCUCGCUCAUAUGCUACCUAUUCCACAGCUUGGGGGAAACGGAUUGGUAAUGAUACCAUCUUACAAGGUCUUUCAGUAUUUUUCUCCCCUUGUUCAAAUCAUCUCAAAAAGUUUUUGCUAGAAAAGUUUUCAAGUCUGCUUGAAGAUUUUGAAAGCGAUGUUUCAUCGCUUUCCGUGGAGUUUCGAUCAUCAAGUCUUUUACUAGCAUACGACCUAGAGAGUCUGGAAAAUUGUACCCAAGAUUUUGAAAAAGAAGGAAGUCAAUUGUAUAAUAUGAAGUUGAUUGACUUGGCACAUUCUAACUGGACGCUUGGCAGCGUAGAUGAAAACACUUUAUUUGGCGUCCGAAGCCUGAGAGAAUGUUUUCAAAAACUGUGCCAAAACAUCCAUUGCUAAAGUAAUUAUGGUUACAACCUUUUUCUCCUAAUAGUAGGAUGUAUUUUCCCUUUCCUUGUUAGAUACAUGCUGAAAGGAAUACUAUUUUCCUUCUUUGUUUUGUCUGUCAAUGCAUCACGAAAUAUGCAUAUGUUUGUAUAGAUAUAUAUUUAGAUUAUAACAGGUUUGUAACGCAUCGAAUGGUUUUGGGCUGUUGUUUAUGUUUUACAUCCUUAAAGGGUGAUUUUUUUUGGUUUACUAAAUAAUAAGAUUUUUCUAAGAAAUGUUAAG